CCAGGCCGGAACUACCGCUCCCGUGGUGCCCCGCGCGCCGCCGCCGCCAUGGAGCGGCGCGUGGCGGAGCGGCUCCGCAGCGCGCUCGGCCCGCUCGGCCUCGAGGCGCACGCCUUCAAGGUUGGGUGGUACAAUGCUGUUCUCCAGCCAGCCUUCCACCUCCCCUACCCAGAUGACACACUGGCCUUCGUGGUGCUCAGCACGCCUUCCAUGUUUGACAAAGCCCUUAAGCCUUUUGUGAAGAAAGAACGAUUAAAAAUCAUCAGGGAUCCUGUGGAUCAGUGUGUUUCCCAUCAUUUAGCACGUGUGAAGGAGAAAUUUCCUGACCAGAGGGUGGAUGUCAUGUUUGAUUAUGAGAUGCUGCCGAGCCGAAAGCCCAAGUUCCUGGCACAGACAGCUGCCCACGUUGCUGGAGCUGCAUAUUACUACCAAAGGAAGGAUGUGAAGCUUGAUCCAUGGGGGAAAAAGAGGAUCUUUGGCGUUUGUAUCCAUCCCAAGUAUGGUGGCUGGUUUGCUAUCAGGGCUCUCCUGCUCUUCCCAGACAUUCAGGUGCCACUCCUGGAACAGCCCACUCCUGUUGACUGUGUGAGCACAGAGGAGAAAAGGAUUGAGCUGCUGGAGCAGUUCAACUUCCACUGGCAGGACGGCCACUACAGGGACAUCAUUGAAGUGAAGGAAAGGUACUCGGAGGAGCAAAAAGCCUAUUUUGCCACUCCUCCAGCCGAGAGAUUCCGGCUGCUGGGGCUCUCACAGGAAGCACAGAGAAUCGCAUUUCACUGAGAAACCGGCUCUGUGGAGGGCAGAGGGCAGCAAAGGGUAACUCAUGAGCACCGGCUGUUCCCGGCAGGAGGAGGAGAGGAUGGUUAUGCUAAUACAGAGAUGGCAAAUCCCAGCAGCCUCAGUGCUAAGAUCAGCUUCCCAGAGAGGGGCACUGCUCUGCGGUCUGGGGGAGGUUGGGAGCUCUCUGUCCUGUGCUGCUGCUGAUCUGGGGUGUCCUUUGGAAAGUCCAGUAAGGUGCCAACUAGCCUUUGGUUGGUAUUAGUUUAGACAUCCUGGCAACUUUAAAUUUUUUUGCUGCUCAUUACAGAAAUCACUUUUGUUCUCAAGAAUUUUCUUUCUGAAUGUUCUUGGUUUUAUUCUUUGUAAGUGUAAAAAACAAUUCAGUCAUUGUUAGUUUGAUUUUGUCCAAACUUGGGGCAGGUACUUUUUUAGAUGUAGCCAGCAUUUUAUUAUCCUGUGUCAUGAAUCUCCCUAGGGGACACAUGUCCAAUCUUUACAGUCUUGCCUAAGUCACAUUUAAGCAUUUAUCCAUUUAUAGGGCAGCUGACUGGAAUAUUUGAAAAGAUGCUGAGUAAAGUCCAUAUGAGUGGAGAUUUUACUUAUGUUAAGAUAACUGACUGAAAAAGACAAUUCUCAUGGCCUUUUCUCAGGUAGACCACAUUUGUGCUAAAAUUAUUUUUCAGUGCCAGCACACAGCACACCCCCCAGAGUUCCUGCCACAGUUUCCUGGUGAGCUUUCUGUGUGGGGAAGUUGUAAACCUGCACAUACAUAAAAGCCAUGGCACAAAGCCUUGUCACAUGCACAGGCAAACAAGCACAGAGGAAAAGAAAAUAUUAAUGACAUUCAUGUUACUUACAUUGCUGGAUAAAACAUGUUCAGACAGAAACAUAACAUUUUUUACAUAACUUUGUCCUUUUAUAUUUGUUCAGAGCCUACAAUGCACCUGGAAUCCAGGAAUUAAUUUAUCUUUGAGCAAUUUGAGGCUCAGAUCUCAUUAAAAUAAUAUAAUACAUUAAAAUAAUAUUUUGUGAGAGUUGUUUUACUAAACUGCAGUGCAAUGCUGCAAAUGGACAGGCACUUUUUUCAUUUUCAACAUGAUGAUGAAGAAAUACUCACUUUGCAGAACUGAGCCCUUUCUUUUUCUGUUGGGAUUCUUCAAACCUUUUGGAGACUCCACCACGAAGGUUGCCCUCACCAUUGUUCACUGCUUUAUACGGUUGCUCAUAGUCUGUACACUAACUCAUUAUAAUCCAAAUUCAGGAUAACAAGUUUGCUUCCCACAUGUGAUCACUGGGUUUGUUCACUGCAUUUGCUGUUAAAAAAAAAGUCUUUGUUGCUUUCCUUGCUUUGUUCAUCUCUAAGGCAGACACCUGACUUAGAAAGUGAUAGAGGUAUUGUGAUGUUUAAUUUAAGGUGAAUAAUGAAAUUUGUUUAAAAUCUGUUAUUUUGUUACAGAAUUACUUCUGGUUCUAAUUUGUUUUCUGUUUCAGAACUUUUCGACUGAACUGUAAUUUAACAGGGAUUUGAGCUAAUGGCUCAUACUAGUAGCAAAGACAAAAUGCUGAUUGAUUGCCUUAGAAGGAUAAAUAUAGAUUUGAAUCAAAUCUAUCUUGUUACAUUACAAUUUAAAGUAAAAUAUUUUGAUUUUUUGGUAUUGAUUUAUUACAAAUAUUUGAUAUUUUGCCUUAAUUUAUUAAACAGAUUACCAUGGCCACUGCAUUUCAAUUUCUGUAAAUUAUUUCUCUUCAAAUGGUAUGUUGGUUACUAAAUAUACAAAGUUGUAAGUAAACCUCA